AUGGCUGCCGUGUCGCUCUCCUCCUCCCUCAGCAGCCUCGCUGGCGCGAAGCUCGCUGUCGCGCAGUCCACGUCAGCGAAGACCUCCAAGGUCCAAGCAGUGCGUUGCGUCGCCGGUCCUUCCGCUUCUUCCGCCGGGAAGCGCGCAGAGGAGAAGAGCAUCUGGGAGAAGCUAGGAACCGGCGCAGCGGCGUUCGGACUAGCCGCCGCGCUUCAACUGACUCCGUCAGCCGUUGACGGAGCUAAGGCCGACGAGUUCGCAAUCCUGCGGUCGCCACCGCCGCUCGAGUCGCACUAUUACGACGACGCGAAUGUCCUCAGCCGGAUCACGCGGUCGGACAUUAAGAAGCUGCUGACGGAUUUGGAGGAGCGGACUGGUUUCCAUAUUGACGCUGUGACCCUGAGGAAGAUUGCUGGCAAGGGCGACGUGUUCGAGCUCGCGGACAGGAUUCUCGAGUCGUGGUACCCGACCGUGGAGGAGGGCGACAAGCGCGGAGUCGUGCUCCUCGUCACCUCGCAGAAGGAGGGAGCCGUCGCCGGCGGUCCCACGUUCAUUGAGACCAUUGGGGAUGAGGUGUUCGAGGGCAUCGUCUCUGAGAACCUUCCAGUUUUGGCCACUGAGGAGCGUUACAAUGAGGCCACGUACUCGACAGCAGCCCGUAUUUUCAACGAGCCGGCUCAAGAAUCUCACCCCCUUCCCCCAUCUCCUUCCCCCACCAUACCCUAUCUCCUCACCUCAGUCCUGGCCACUGAGGAGCGCUACAACGAGGCCAUGUACUCGACAACCAAGCGCCUUGUAGCGCGGAUCAACGGAGAGCCGGAUAUCCCGGGUCCCAAGUUCAAUGACGCAAAGCGGGAAUCCAACUACAAGACGCGCGAAGAGACCGAUUCGAAGCGCGACCAAUUUACGACGGUUGUGGGCGGGCUUUUGGUCAUCGCAUUUGUGGCUCUCACCCUUUUAUUUCUCCCUCUAUCCCUAACUCUUUGCUUAUCCAGUCUUGGCCUCAUUGCCACCAAAACUAUGGGGUUUCCUCAUGCCUUGCGAACCGUCUUCCUCCUCUCCUGCUGUGCCGUUUCAUCUCCCUUGUUCCCCUUAACCCCUUCUCCCUCCCACCCCGUGCCAUCCCCUUCCCCUUGCGCUCCCCCUAUAGGGAGUGAGCAACUGCAUGAAGCAAAGCGGGCGAUCAAAAGACUGGCUGUGUUGGUCCUGGAAACCCAAUGGGUGCCCUGCACGCCAUGCCAGUCCUUUCCAUACCUCGCCCCGCCCCCCCACUUCAUGUUCCUCUCUGUUCUCCCCAUCUCGUCGUCCUCCCAUCCCCCUAAUUCAUCCACUGUCCCGUGCAUAUUGGUCCUGGAAGCCCAACAGUAUUGGUCCUGGAAGCCCAACGGGUGCCCUGCGAGUGGCAUGCGCUUUGAUGCACCAGGUUUCCUCAAACUCAUGAAGAACAAGGUGUUUGCGAGUGUGGGCGAGUCCAUCUCCGUUAGAGGCUUCCUCCUUGCAGUCGUCUGCAAUAUCGCCAAGUUUACACAAGUGAAGAUGCUAGCUAAACCCAACAAGUUUGGAGAUACCGAGGUUUACGUCGUGCCCAGUUACAACGUGACACUUGUCAACUUCUGGGCGCAGUUCCUAGUCGCGAUUGACCGGAGCAACCAGACUCUCGCCAGGUUCGGCAACACCAAGCCUGCGCUACAGGACACCGUGGUGAACCUCCACAAGCUGGACCCCUCCUGGGCGGCAAAACUCGACUUGAUCCACGUCAUCGUGUUGCAGACUGCCACGGACUGGCCGGCAGGGCGUGGCCUUAUGCGGCGGUACUAUGCUGACGCGAAUUGGAACGCCAUCAAGCCGGCUCCUUCGACCUAUGAAGCGUACGAGAUCGGCAUGAGGACUGUGUUCAGUGCAUUCGCAGGGCGCAACAAGAGGGGAAAGCCGUUCCCAGUGCCCUACUUCCUGUCAGCGCCUCCUCGGCUCAACGGCUGCCAAAACGUCUCUUCCCUCAGCUCGCCACAGCAGGUGACAUCCCUUUUCAACGACAACAAGGCAUCCAAGGGUUUCCUCCCCAUCCAGCAGAAAGUCUUCCAAAACCGCCGCCCCUUCCGCUUCCUCCCCAUCACCUACCUCUCGAUGUUCCGAGGAGAUGCGUUCAUGUCGUCUAGUGGGGCGCACGAUGGUGGGAGAGACUGCCUGCACUUCUGCUUACCCGGUGUGCCGGACACAUGGGCCGAUGCGCUCUACACCACCAUGAAGAAUGACCGGUUUAUUGUGAAUAAUGCAGCUAAAUAG